AUGGCUGAGAAGGUUAAUCUCGGCUUAGCAUUCCUGGAAUUUGGCUUCAUAGCACUAUCUCGGUUUCAAUGUAGGAUUACAGGGCAAUUUAUACUGGCUUUAUCGGUGAAAUGGAACAAGCAAGUAUUACAUUUUGUGGUUAAUCGAGAUGAAAAUGGCCAGUAUUACUUCGAGACUCACAAGGUUUAUGUUGCUAAUGUUUUCUCCGAGUAA